UAUUUGGCUGUUGUAUUGUAUUUAUUAUAUAAAUGAGUUGGAAAAGUGGUGGUCAACAGUGUUUCUCAUACAUACCGUCCAGAUAUGUGUUUAUAUUACUCACAGCUUGGGGUCUGUUUAUGGUCUAUGCUUUUAAGGGCUUUUUAGGAGUAGCUAUCGUAGCGAUGGUCAAAAAUGGUGACAAAUCCGAAUCAUAUGGACAGGAGUGUCGAGUUUCCGACACAAACAAUGAUAUAGUUGACGAUAAAGAUAAUGUUAAUGGAUUUGAUUGGGAUGACAAACAACAGGCAACUGUAUUGGGCUGUUAUUUUUAUGGCUAUAUAGUACUACAAAUACCUGCCGGUGCUUUGGCUGAACUGUUUGGUGCUAAAUGGAUAUUUGGUGGCAGUAUGCUUAUCACAUCAUUACUAUCCCUAUUAGGACCGAUAAUUGCACAGUGGGGUUAUGUGCCAUUUCUUAUAACACGUAUCGUACAAGGUUUGGCACAGGGAGUCAUACUUCCGUGUAUGAAUGCUAUGAUAGCCCGAUGGGCCACCAAAAUGGAGAGAAGUCGUGCCAUUUCAUUGAUAUUUUCCGGUGCAGCUCUGGGAUCAGUAGUAGUUUUACCACUAACUGGUUAUUUGUGUGACCAAUCGUUUUUAGGUGGUUGGCCCGCUAUCUUCUAUGUAUUGGGUAUUAUGGGAAUUGUUUGGUUUAUAUUGUGGUCAGUAUUUGUUUAUGACUCACCUGAUAAUCAUCCGUUUAUAUCUGAAAGUGAAUACAAUUAUAUAAUUAAAGGACAGGGAUUGGAGAAAACAUCUUCAAAACGUGUAAUUCCGUGGAAAUCCAUACUCAGUUCAUACAGAGUCUAUGCAAUGAUUAUCACACACUUUGGCCAGAAUUGGGGUUAUCUCACAAUAUUGACACUAAUGCCCACAUAUUUUACUAAAAUACUUCUUAUGGAUAUUAAAACAAAUGGUUUGUUAUCGAGUCUUCCGUAUUUGAGUCAAGCAAUCGUCUCAAUAAUAUCUUCAUAUAUAAGCGAUAAGAUUAGGGAACGGGAUGUCAUCAAUGUAUCACUUUUAAGAAAAAUUAACAAUUCUAUUGCCUUCUUCGGUCCGGCCAUUUGUAUGGUUGCCAUUGUUGCGGUUGAAUGCAAUCAAACUCUUUGUAUAGUAUUGUUUGUGUUAGCUCUAGGACUCAAUGGUUUCUGUUAUCCGGGAUUUAACUCCAAUUAUGUCGAUAUGUCACCCGAUUUUUCGGGAGUUUUAAUGGGUAUUUGUAAUUGUUUCGGGAAUAUUCCGGGAUUUGUAGCACCUAUUGUUGCCGCAAACUUCUACUCCAAAGGGCAAACUUUGGCGAACUGGUCGCAUGUAUUUUACACGUGUGUUGCAGUCUAUGUAUUCACACAAGUAAUUCAUAUAUUAUUUUCAACGGCAGAGCUUCAGCCGUGGGGUAUAAGUGGUGGCAAUAAUAAAGAAAAUAAUAAUAAUAAUAAUAAUUUAAAUGUUAGACAACUGAGAUAA